UAUAACCAACUGGAAAGUGUUCAUCUAGGUGUCAGGUAUGAGAAACAACUUUUAGAUUUUUGAUAUUUAUCAAAAUAAAUCACAUUUAAAUUAGACAUGGAUUUCACUACAGAAUGGGCCCGUACACAAAAUAUACCAUUUUUUAAAGCUCAAUAGCAUUUGAAGUGAAUGAUGUACAGUCACAAAUCCAACUGGAAAGUGUUCAUCUAGGUGUCCGGUAUGAGAAACACCUUUUAGAUUUUUGAUAUUUACAGACUUUUCCCCCUUUGGAGUGGCAUAUUGCUUGGGGACCUGAGCAGAUUCUCCAAAGGGAAUACAAAAGAAAUAAAAACAAGGGAAACAAAUUGCCAUGUGGCGCUGUGGUUCUCAAUAGUGAAGAAUCACAUAUUAUGCAGAAAAAGGUUCCUGCGGCCUGCACAUUUCACUACAAAGAUGUUUAACUCUGUGUAAGGAAGGUACACACAGCAUCAGAUGAUGCAUAAUCUUGAUAGUCUGUCUCAAGGAACAUCUCCAAAGCAACAGACCAUUGACCAACAAGAAGAGCAAUGGACCAAGAGAUCACAAACUCAAAGACCAGCAAAGCAUCGUCCCCUAGAAGCAGUGCCCCAACCAAAAAGACAAAGCAAACAUCUGAGGAUCAUUCAGAGGACACAUCAGCCCAGAUCCAAGCUCUGUGGUCUAAGAAAGCAUGUGAGAUAGUCAUUGCUAUCUCAUACACAUUGUCACAUAGUCACAGUCAAAGGACAAAAAAAAGGCCUUAUAUCCUGCAUCAUUCAGAGCUGAAAACACUCCAGCCACAUAAAUGGCUGGUGGGGGAGUGGUGGUGAAUAACAGAGACCAGGGACACAAGAUUUUUAUACUAGAUCACUACACAGCAAGUGUUAUACUUCAUGGAGAAUGAGAUGAAGUAUGGAGAAACAGUCUCUCAAAGUAUUCAAGAGGGGACAUUACUGCUCAUUAUGUGCUGCCUCAAAAUUCCCAGGUGGUGGUGCAAAAACAUUUUGGAUUGAAUGUCACUGCUGCAAGAGGUGGUUUCAUGUGGCAUACCUUUCUAUGUCAGAGAAGCAGUUCAAAAAGGCUCAAAAGGUUGACUGGAGGUGCUGCCUAUACAGGAGCCUGUGGUUUCCUACUCUGAAUGCUGUUCGAGCCAUGUCGACUUCAGGAGGCCCCACUCCACCCUUCACCACCCUGUCAGUCACCCACCCAGCCAAUCACAUCACCCAUGUAGAGCUGCACCGACCGGAGAAACGCAACGCCAUGAACAAGGCCUACUGGAGUGAAAUGAUUGAAUGCUUUAAUCAGAUUGCUGAAGACUCAAAGUGCCGUGUGGUGGUGUUCUCGGGUGCCGGGAAAAUCUUCACUGCAGGUAUUGACCUUAUGGACAUUGCUGGUGAUUUGCUGCAGCCCCAGGGAGACGAUACAGCCAGGAUAGCAUGGUAUCUUCGCCACAUCAUUUCCAAAUACCAGAACACGUUCUCUGUCAUUGAAAAGUGUCCAAAGCCCGUGGUGGUGGCAGUGCAUGGCGCGUGUGUGGGAGCAGGAGUGGAUCUAAUCACAGCCUGUGAUAUUCGUCUGUGCACGCAGGAUGCCUGGUUUCAGGUGAAGGAGGUCGACAUUGGCCUGGCAGCAGAUGUGGGAACGCUGCAGCGUCUCCCUAAAGUGAUUGGCAGUCGUAGCUUGGUGAAUGAGUUAGCGCUUACUGCAAGGAAAAUGUACUCUGAUGAAGCCAAGAGCUGUGGACUAGUCAGUCGUGUGUUCCCUGAUAAAGAGUCAAUGAUUGCUGGAGCUCUGGAAAUAGCAGGUGAGAUUGCAGGCCGGAGUCCCGUCGCUGUCCAGGGAACCAAAAUCAACCUCCUCUAUUCCAGAGACCACAGUGUGACUGAGGGCCUAGACUACAUGGCUACUUGGAACAUGAGCAUGUUGCAGACACAGGAUCUUAUGAAGUCAGCACAGGCAGCCAUGGAAAAGAAGAGCCCGAAAGACGUGCCCUUCUCCAAGCUUUAAAGUAGAAGGAGAAGAUCCAGGGCUGUUGAAGCUGCCUGCUGAAUCAGCAGUGGAACUGAGACUUCAUCAUCCACAUAUCUUUAGUUCUUCCUGCUAAGACUGAAUUUCUUUUUAGUCUUUUUAAUUUCAGACUGGUCAAUAGACUGAUUAGUGGAAGUGAAAUGAUAGAUGAACUUUUAAUUAUUUGGUUUAUUAUUUGCAGGUCCCUUGUUCAGUAAGACAGGGUAACUAAUACUCAAAAGCUUGUUUUGUGUGUUAACAUGUACAGUAGAUGUAUAUAUUUUCUUCUGGUCCUGUGUGACUGCAGAAUGUAGUGCAGUUAACACAUUAAAUUUCCUUGGAUGCUCACUUUUAAAUCUUUAUUAGGAAUACAUGUCACGUUUUGUCUUCCAUUUGUGAUUUACAGAUGAACACCUAAAUGUCUCGUUGCCUUAUGUUUGUGAAUAAAAAAACAAACAAACGA